AUGUACACUGCCCGUGUCGUCAAGCCAAAGCUAUCCUUGAGCAUCUCUGCUGCGCAGAAUGUUCCUCGGCCAUCGCUAUCACUCAAGUCACCAAGUGCUCUCCCUCGCACGCCUGUCUCGCCAAUCUCCGCGGCGAGCCCGACGAGCAAGAGGUUUUCCUCACUGCAGGUUCCGAAUUAUGCAUACACAAACUCUUGUUCAUCAAAGAGCAUCCUCAAGAAGCAGUCGUCCUCUCGCGCUGGCACUGUUGACAAGCGUAUACAAUUCAAAGGGACACCGACUGUUCACUGCGUAACGCCUAUUGAGAAUCCAGACGAGUAUUACGGCAAGCACAUGAAGAUGUCACGAGAAGAGCGGCGAUGGACGGUCCGGCAUAAUGGGAGCGACCAGGUGCUUCUGAAUGAUUCGGGGUCUACAUCUUGCAAUGAUGCUACGCCCUACACCCCGGUUCUUUUGUUGGAUCAAUUUACGGAGCACCUAGCGCUCCUGACAAUCGACGUCCUCAAACUGCGAAUUGAAACGACAGAAGGGCGCAUUAACGUAUCCGUCCAGCCUUCGCAAGAUGGUUCUGUGGAUGACUAUGCCGCCUCGCGCUUUUUGCUGGCCCAGAACUCGUCAGUAUCAUUCAUCUGGGCUGACUGGGGUUUGUGCAAAUACAAUAGUAACUAUCCUCAGCCAUAUAUGCGCGAUUCCAAUAGCAAGAUACCGGCCUUAGCUUCCGCCCAACCAAUCCCUGUUGGGUUGUUGGCUCCAUUCAAGGGCUUCUCCGGCCCGUGCGCCUCCGAUCUUUUUCGCCCCUGCCACCGAUCGUCGGCGCUAAAUGCAGGGAGAUGUUUAGCCUCCCGCCGUGGCUUGCUCACGUUGGCAAUUGAAACGUCAUGUGACGAUACAUCAGUAGCUAUCGUUGAGAAAACAAAGAAAGACUCCGGGAGCACGGCCAAAAUUCAUUUCCUCGAAAAUGUAAUGGCCGACACACGCGCGCAUCGCGGAAUUCACCCUAUCAUCGCUCUCGAAUCCCACCAAGCCAACCUCGCAAAGCUUCUACAGAAAGCCCUUAAUUACCUACCGGGGUCAAAAACUGGCGAUGGACUUAAAUUGGCAGAUGGGACUUGUCGCCGCCUCCCCGAUUUCAUAUCCGCUACAAGAGGCCCCGGAAUGCGGUCUAACCUGUCCGUUGGCCUCGACACUGGAAAAGCGCUGUCGGUUGCAUGGCAGAUCCCCAUGGUCGGAGUGCACCACAUGCAGGCACAUCUUUUGACACCCCGACUCGUUUCAUGCCUGGGAAAUGAACUCAAGGCCGACCCAUCCACACCGCCCGAAUUCCCUUUCUUGUCUAUUCUCGCCUCUGGCGGCCAUACGACUCUGGUUCAUUCGGAAGGCCUCACAGAACAUAGGAUUCUCGCUAACAGCGACGAUAUCGCUAUUGGAGAGGCACUGGAUAAAUCUGCACGAGAUAUUCUACCUGAUUCUUUGCUUCAAGAAGCUAAAAGUACCAUGUACGGCAAGAAUGUAGAGCAAUUCGUCUUCCCUAACGGCAAGGCCGAUUUUGCGGAUUACUCGCCGCCAGAGACUCGGGGUGAAGAAAUAGCCAAGCGCAUAAGCGAUUGGGGCUGGUAUCUUACGACUCCAUUUGCGAAUACGCGGCAUAUGCAGUUCAGCUUUGCUUCGAUUUCGAGCACGGUCGGCAGGAUCAUUCAAAGUAACGGUACGAAUAUUAAGAUAUCGAAUGCAGAGCGUGUCGAUCUAGGCCGGGAAACCAUGCGCGUCUGUUUCGAGCACCUUGCCUCGCGCACUGUCAUCGCUCUGGAGACUCUGCGGCCGCACAAUAAUGGCAAGAAUGACAUCAACACCCUCGUUGUCAGUGGUGGUGUUGCCGCUAACCAGUUCCUCAUGAAAGUGCUUACUUCAUUUUUGGAAGUGCGCGGUUUUGGCCAUAUCAAGAUUGUUGCUCCGCCUCCAUAUUUGUGUACCGACAAUGCGGCCAUGAUUGGGUGGGCGGGCAUUGAGAUGUUCGAAGCUGGCUUCCGAUCCGACCUCAGCUGUCGUCCUCUGCGGACAUGGACCCUCGACUCGCAGGCUGAUGAUGGAGGUAUCCUUGGCCCAGGGGGGUGGAUCAAAUUGUGA